AUGAGUGAGGUCACAUUCUCCGCUUGCGGACCUCCAAAUUUCAGCGCGCCAAGCCCUCCGCAAAUUCCGUCGGCCAGAGCAAAUUACGACAGUCCCCAUCUCACGCCGUACGAUUGCAGUCACUGGCCCCAUAUCAUGUUUGACUUCGAGGACAGCGCGUCCGAGCGCGAAAAGUGCUUCACCACGGUCGCCCAGCUUCCUACAUUCGUGGAUCCGAAGCAAAUCCCCUGCAGGAAAUCGCCCUUCUCUGCCAUCGUGAAUCAUCCACUGGCACACACGAUCGAGAUCAUUCUCCCAGAGAAAGUGUACAUCGAGAUUCAGGACUCCCUAGGUCACAAACCGGAAAAUCCUCGAUAUGCUCGAGUCUUCAUGUACCCAUCUGACCUGCUGGAGCACGACUUCUUCAAUGCAUACAUCAAAACCGAAGGCCAGUCAGGGUCAGAUACAGUGUUCACGCUGCGAGAUGGUAUCUGCAAGAUUGAGAUGGGCAAAGAUAUCUAUGAGCGCACAGGACUGAACGGCAAACCCAUCUGCGGCGGUGGCAGGAAACACGUAAAGGAACGAUUUUUGGUCGAAUUGAACUUGCGACUGCCAUCAAUGCUCCACGGUAAAAAGGGAUUCGAACGUAUCGUGUCGGCGUUCAAGCGUGUCCUGAAUCAAUCAAGGGCUUGGUUGUUUUGCGACUUAGACCCAACCAGUCAGCCAAAUGAUGCUAAGCCUAUUAUGAAAUUACAACCGCAAGUACUUGAAUCGUCCCCGCUCCGAACUAAACUCGAGGCCAUCCAUACACCUACCCUUCAAGAUAUGGUAUCGAGUGAUAUGUCAGAGACAGACUUGCAAGAUCGAUGCGGUGCUCUUUCCGAGUGGAUUGCCAUGGUCCAGCUAGGGUCCGCCUGUGUGUCUGCUGGGAACGAGAUCGACGCGUACCUGAGCCGCUACAGUGUACCGGACUUCACAGAUAAGGUGACCACCGAUCUGAUCUGCCUGAAAUGGCAUGGUCUGAUUUCUUCCACUUGGACCAUGCAACUUUUCCUGAGUCUACUAUCUUACACAGCAAAACCGAUGUCUCCCUCGGCCUGGUUUAUUCUUUCUUCAUCAGCUCUUGACAAGCAAGUUGUAGAAGGAAGGGAUGGAUUCAGUCUCGUUGUUUCUCCAGACAUGUUACAGCCUGCUGCGGCAGGUGCGAACGAUCGUGAAUCGUCCACGUUGAACGGCAGGCAGGCGAUCUGCUGGGAGUAUGUCGGAGCCACGGUUAUUGAUACGCCCUGA